AUGAAUAUUGCAAGUGGCAUUCCAAAGUUUUUUCCAUUAGCCAUGAUUCAACAAGAAGGAAAUCCAUAUGUUCGAGAUGACACAAUGUUCAUUAAAGUGAUGGUUGAUUUUGGUGAUAUGCCUAAAACGCUAUUGCCUUAUGCUUUAAGUCUCAAUCCAGGAUUACCAAUGCAUGUUCAACAGGCGAUGAUUAAGCAAGAAGCGGAGCGAAGAGUUCAACAACAGUCUGAAUAG